GCAGAAAUUAACAGAGUAGUUAAAGAUAACAAGUUCCACAGCACAUCAGAUAAAGGGUUUGAAUCUGCCGUUACCUGCAUUGUUAGCUUUUUAAGUGGCCUCCAACAUACUCCAACAACAAGAGAUAAGGUGAAGCAAAGAGUAAAGAAAAGAAUUUAUAACCAACAAAGUUACCAGAAAACCAAACAGAUUGCUGAAGCCAAUGGUGUCAGUGUUAAAAAAUGCCAAUCUGUAGCUGUAAAAAGAAACUUAACUUACCCAAUUGAAACACCACCAACAAAUACCAAGCAACCAAGAAAAUCUUCUCCAGUCCAUUCAUCUCCAGUCCUUUCAUCUCCAGACCGUUCUUCUCCAGUCCGUUCAUCUCCAGUUCGUUCAUCUCCAGACCGUGCAUCUCCAGUUCGUUCAUCUCCAGACCGUGCAUCUCCAGUCCGUUCAUCUCCAGACCCUGCAUCUCCAGUCAGUCCGUCUGCAGUCCGUUCGUCUCCAGUACAUUCAUCUCCAGUGAGUUCUUCUUCAAGUAGAUCUUCUCCAGGUCAACCCGUCACGUUGAGCUCACCUGAAGCUGUUGGGUCACCAGAAACAACUAAGUCAUUAAAUCCACAAGAUAUCAUAUCAUCACCAGCAUCAACUUCAUCUUCUGUCACAACAAGGGUUAAAGUCUUCAAGAAUUCUUCUGGUGUAACAUUUCAUAUUCAGGACACUGUUUGUAUUGCCCGUGGUAAAAACAGUUGCGAUUAUGCAAAGGUAACAAGUGUUUGGAACACAAAGGUGGACAUAACUUACUUAAAGAAGACAGCUAAGGGCUUGAAAACAUGGAUCGUUUCCCAUGACAAGCCAUAUACAGACAGCGUUCACAUCAACACAAUCUUUUUUUCAUUUGGGAAAGCAGAAUGGUCGUCCGACAUUCAUUGUACAAUUAAAGAUAAGCUAGCCAAGUUGUUUGAAUAGGUGAACCAAAUAUGAACCAAAAUUGUUAUAUUGUGUGAAAUGCUAUCAAAAGGCACAUGUAGCUUUGAAUUGAACAAUGCCAUGCUCUUAUUAUAUAAACUGCAAAAUAUUUCACAAGUGUACAUGUUUGCUAACUUGUAAUGGAGUUAUGUUUAUAUAUAUAUAUAUAUAUGUAGGAUCAUUUCUCAGUAUUGUCAAAAAUGUUUACAUUAUUCAUGAUAAUGUUUUUAAUAAAUAAUCAGUGCUUUUUA